CGCUCUUCAACGCUUUUUUCUGGGUCCGGCUUCUAAAAGCAAAAACCGGUUACGUCUGUUUCAUAUUUGUUGGAUCUAUAAAAUACCUAGUAAUUCGACGGCACACGGAAGAUUCGCAGCGUAGAUCAUAAACGUAAAGAAAAUCAGUCAAUAACUGUAUUGCAAUGUUGUCACAGUGUACAGUAUUCGUGUUUGCAGUAUUGGUUGCGUUUGCAUUCAGCACAUCGCAUUAUGGACAUUUUCAAGAAAACCGCACCGCAGACAGAGCAAAAAGGCAGGUUUGGGGCUCUACAACUGAGACCGCUGGAUCGUCUAAUGACUACAUAAAUUAUUCAGAAAAUCAAAAUCAAAAUCAACAAUUACAAUACUUUAAGCAAGAUCAACCUAAUGUGUCAUACAUCUAUUAUAUACCGGAAUAUAAUAAUGAUUACUACAAGCCCCCUCCGCUACCCCCACCACCACGUCAUUGGGAAGAAUAUUACUAUCCCUACAAAAGACCUCCUCCACCGCCGCCGCCACACGAUGGAAGGCAUCCCCGACAUCCAGAUGAUUUUGAUCAACCUCACCAUAGACCUCCUCCGCCUCCACCUCAUCAUGGUCCUCCGCCUCCACCUGAUCAUGGUCCUCCACCUCCGCCACACCAUGAACCUCCACCUCCACCGCCGCCUCCACACGAUGAAAGGCAACCCCGACAUCCUGAUGAGUUCGGUCCACCUCACCAUAGACCUCCUCCGCCUCCACCUCAUCAUGGUCCUCCACCUCCGCCACACCAUGGACCCCCACCUCCACCGCACCAUGGUCCACCACCUCCACCGCACCAUGGGCCUCCGCCUCCACCUCACUAUGGUCCACCACCUCCACCGCCCUAUGAACCACCGCCUAGAUCGCACGAUGGGCCUCCGCCUCCACCACACCAUGGACCUCCACCACCGCCCAACUAUGGUGCACCAUCUGAUGACCGAAAACCUCCGCCUCCGCAGUCUUAUAACAAUUAUAACUCUGACUAUGGCAACGAAGCCUAUCGACAACCUUAUGGUCAUGGUCCACCUCAUGACACUCAUGACCCUGCACCCCAAAAUCGUGGGCCUCCACCGAAUGGCCAAGUACCACCUAGUGCAAACGGGCAACCUGGUGGACAUGGGCCCCAUGGUAAUAACGAGAUGCAACCUAGUAUUACACCUAGUUUUUCAUCCGCCCAGAAUACUGAAAAUGAACAGAUUCUUCAAAACCUUAAACUCAUUUUCAGAGAAGGGUUUUAUAAUACUGCACCGAAUGAUCUGACUCAAAAUGACUCAACAGAUGUCAAAAUGACCGAAGUAUUAAGGACAAAGGAACCUAAACGCAAAGGAGGACGGCCUCUUAGUAAUAUCGAUGCAAAUACAAGCGAUUCAAUAACUAUCACUCCAUCGCCUCUUUUAAAUUAUUUCCAAGUAGUACCUGUGACACCAGAAAGUUAGUUCGGUUAUAUUUUUUUGAUAAUAUUCGUAUUAUUUUAGCUAUUAUUAUAGAUAUUAUUGUAUACUCAU